UUAGGUACUGACAUCACGUAGAGCAUUCUUGAUUAUUCAUCGAUAACCUAAUCCUUAGUGCAAUAGCAAUCCGACUCUCUUUUUUUUUUGUUAGCAGUAUUCCUAUUUCCCAACAAAGUAGAAGACUAUACUAUAUAUAGAUAGGCGCAGAGGCAAUGUUUCCGGUAACUUCAAUCUUCUUCUGAGAUUUUACAAAUUGCCAGAGGAUAACAAUGCAUUCAGAUUGGGCAGGACUACAAAAGGACUUGUUGGGCUUAGUUCUAACAGGAAUAGUAUCAUCGGCAGAUUAUAUGCGAUUCAGCGUUGUUUGCAAGUCAUGGUUUUGUGUGGCAAAGGAUAAUCAGAGGCUACUCAUGUCAAGAUGUCAGCAACCUCCGAUGCUCCUGAUUUCUAGUGCAGAUGAAGAAAAUUCAUCGAAAUUAUACAAUAUCAUGAAUGAUAAGGUUCUCGACAUGCAACUAAGGGUGCCUAACCGACGAUUUUGUGGCUCUUCAAAAGGAUGGUUGAUAUUCGUGGAUGAAAAGUUUGCAAUAACCCUACUGAAUCCAUUCUCCGUGAAGGGUAGAGAGAAGAAAAAGAAGACAAAUGCAACCAUAAUUCGUACGUCUUCCUCCACUGCUCGGUAAAAAGGUUUGGAUUAAAAAAUGCGAUUAUUAUGUCUUCAAGGCUUCAUUGUCCGCAGACCCAAUAAUAGAUCCAAAAGAUUGCGUUCUUACGGUAGUAUAUGGUGAAUAUGAUCGAUUGGCUUUUAUCAGACCCAGUUGUAAAGACAAGCGUUGGACAUAUGUUGAUAAGAGGUGGGGAUUAAUUGAAGAAGUGGUUUAUUCUCGAGGUAUGAUUUAUGCGGUGGAUAAUGACAGCCAACUUUUUUCUUUCAAUAUCAGUAGCUUGUCCAAGUUGAAGCUUGCGCAAGGUCUUCCUUCAGAUGGUUUUAGCAAGAGAUAUCUUGUAUUGGAUUCAAAUGAGAAAGAGUUCUGGUUGGUUAAGAGGUACAUUGACUACCAAAACAAAAAACGUGAGACCACAGAAUUCAAAGUUUUCAAGAUUAAUAUUGAUGAGCAUAAGUGGACUGAAAAAGAAACCCUAGGUGAUGUUGCUCUCUUUAUCGGUGAUAACUCCUCGGUGUCUGUGAUGGCUUCAGAUUUUCCAGGUUGCCAAUCAAAUUGCAUAUACUUUAACCAUGAUUAUGAUGCUAUACAAACAGACUUGAACCAUAUGGACCAAAUGAUUGCGGAGUAUAUGACAUAACCAAUCGUCGUUUCUUAAAGCCUUAUGCAGAUGAUGCUGAAAAGUUGUUGAAGCUGACAAGGCGACCUCCAAUCUGGUUUGUGCCACACUUUCAACUUUAACAGUUUGUUCCAGUCAUACAGUGGCCGGGGGCUUUGUUUUUUGACAUUUUUUGUUUAUACAAGAUUGUAUUGGACUUCCAAAAUUUGAAGUUUGAACUUGGUG